CUUCUCGUCACUCCUCGUCUCCUUGCUACCAACACUACAAAUCCAAUGCCAGAAUAGCUUACAAUGUAUCUUAUUAUGGCCCUCAUUGUUGCUUUCGUUGCAGCCGUGAUGGGUAUCCCGCAUAAAGCCAUCAUUGACACGCCCUCUAUCCGCGAUGUUGGCCUCGCUUACACAGAAGCAAACUACCAGGGCAUAUCCCUCUUUCUCCUUGAGAACCGCGAGGACACGUCCUGCUAUCCGCUCAGCCUUGACGCUGCCAACAAGCCCCAGUGAGUCAUACGAUUCUCCAUGGCCAUGCUACAUCACACUCGCAGCAUCGACAUCGGAGCCCUUCAUUUGCAUCUCCUCUGUUUUCUCUGCAUUCUAACGAUGAUCAAACAGAGGUCACCCCGUAUGCUCGAUCAGAAUCUGCA